AUGGAUAUGGCAAAACCUGUGGGAUCAGAGAUCUCGUAUGUGGAUUUCAGCGUGCUAACACCGGAGGAUGUGAGAAAAGUGUCAGCUAAGCAGAUCACGAAUCCAACAGCAUUUGACAGCUUGGGCCACCCAGUUCCGGGCGGAUUGUACGACUUGAGGCUAGGUGCGUUUUUGCACAACACGUGUGCGACAUGUGGGCUAGAUGAGAGGUACUGUCCAGGCCACCAGGGCCACAUUGAGUUGCCCGUUCCGGCAUACAACCCACUUUUUUUCAAGCAGAUGUUUGUGCUUUUGAGGGGGAGUUGUGUGUACUGCCACCACUUGAAGAUGCGGAGCAUCGACGUUCAUGCGUACGAAUGCAAGUUGAGGUUGAUCCGGUACGGAUUGCUACUCGAGGCAUCGCAGAUUGACCGGAUAAGACUGGAGGAGAGAGAAAUGGAGUCCGGCCGAGAUGAGGCGGAGGAGGCGGGCAACAUGGCAGAGGAGGAGGAGCAGAUCGGCCGGGAGGCCGAGAAAGUGGGCCGGACGUUUGCGACGCGGAUGACGGCGUCGGCAGAGAGCCGGUUGCGGGAGAAAAGAGAGCUUUUCGUGUACGAGAGCGUGCACCGGGCAAUUGAAGAGGGAAGAACGACCAAGAGCGGCGUGAGCACGGGCACAGUGCUCGAGGCACGGAAGGCAGUGAUCAAGGACCUGGAGCGGCGGGUGGUGGCGAAGCCGCGGUGUGAGAACUGCAUGAUGUACAGCCCGAAGUUGCGGUGUGACGGAUUCUCGAAGAUUUUCGCAUCGGCAUUGUCGGAGAAGCAGCUGGUGAACAACCGGGUAAAGGCGGUGAAAGUGGCAGGGGCAUCGAGCGUGGACAUUGCCCCUCAGGCUGGGUCGCGGUACGUGCUUUCGGCGGAGGUGCGGGAGGUGCUGGAUGCGGUUUUUGUCGUGGAGCAGCCCGUGGUGGAGACAAUUUUCCACUCGAGGCCCGGCGGCGGCCAGAAAGUGGCCGGGGACAUCUUCUUUGUAUCCGUGCUGGUGGUGCCGCCCACGCGGUUCCGGCUGCCGCAGAAGUUGGGCGACGAGGUACAUGAGAAUGCACAGAACGAGCUUCUCUCGCGUGUUUUGAGCACUUCGAUGCAGAUCAAGGAGUUGAACGAGCAGUUUUUGGGCCUGCAGAAGGACGUGGCCGGCGAGGAGCGGAAGCUGGUGUUCAACCGGUUGAUGAACGCGUUUGUGACGUUGCAGAACGACGUGAAUGGAGUGAUGGACGCGACGAAGAACCAGAACCCAGCAAACGCGCAGACUGGGCUCCCGGGCAUCAAGCAGGCGUUGGAGAAGAAGGAGGGCCUCUUCCGGAAGCACAUGAUGGGCAAGCGGGUGAACUAUGCGGCGCGGUCGGUGAUUUCGCCGGACCCGAUGAUCGAGGACAACGAGAUCGGGUUGCCGCCGGUUUUCGCGACGAAGUUGACGAUUCCGGAGCCCGUGACGGCGUACAACGUGGCAGAGUUGCGGCGGUGCGUGGAGAACGGGCCGGACAAGUGGCCCGGGGCCACGCAGGUGAAAGAUGAGGCCGGCGUGGUGACGAGUUUGGCCGGGAUGACGCUGGAGCAGCGGAAGGCGGUUGCCCGGCAGCUGCAGACGCCCGCGGUGGCUGGCACGGGGUCCAACACGGCGGGCAUGGCAGGAAACGCGGUCAACAAGCAGGUUUUCCGGCACAUUCGCAACGGCGACGUGGUGAUCAUGAACAGGCAGCCCACGCUCCACAAGGCAUCCAUGAUGGGCCACCGGGUCCGGGUGUUGCCCAACGAGAAGACCAUCCGGAUCCACUAUGCCAACGGUGGGCCGUACAACUGUGAUUACGACGGAGACGAGAUGAAUCUGCACUUCCCACAGGGACAACUUGCCAGGGCCGAAUCGUACACGUUGGCCAGCACGGACUCGCAGUACUUGACGCCGACGUCGGGGUCGCCGGUGCGUGGGUUGAUCCAGGACCACCUCUCGACGGGUGUGUGGAUGACGAGCAAGAACACAUUCUUCACGCGGGAGCGGUACCAGGAGUUGGUGUACGGGUGUGUGCGGCGGCACCAAAAUGCCGGUGCCGGCGGUCGGAACUUCCGGAUUCGGACACUCCCCCCAGCCAUCUGGCUCCCGGCCCCACUGUGGACCGGAAAGCAGGUCAUCUCGACGGUUUUGCUCAACGUGCUGCCCCAGGGCGUGCCCGGCUUGAACAUGCAGUCGCGCAACAAGAUCAAGAACGAGUACUGGGGCGAGGGCUCGCACGAAAACGAGGUUUUGUUCAAAAACGGCCAGCUUUUGUGCGGCACACUCGACAAGUCGCAGUACGGCUCGUCCAAGUACGGGCUGAUCCACGCGAUCCACGAGACGUACGGCCCGCACGUGGCCCAGCGGACACUCUCGGCAUUGGGCCGGUUGCUCACGAACUACGAGCAGUGGAUCGCCUUCACGUGCGGUAUGGACGACAUGGAACUUACCGGGUCAGGCAACACGGUGCGGGCCAAUAUCCUACGCGGGGCCCGCGAAGCUGGCCGGCAGGCGGCCGCCGAGGUCACCAACUUGUCGCCCGGCAUCUCGGCCGCCAACCCGGAGUUCCACCGCCGGUUGGAGGAGGUGCUCCGUGACCCUCACAAGCACGACAUCUUGGAUGCCGUGACGAUGUCGAAAGUGAACGCCAUCACGUCGCAGGUAGUGUCUGCGUGCGUGCCAGCCGGUACCGCGAAGAAGUUCCCGGAGAACGCGAUGCAGUCGAUGGCGUUGUCGGGGGCCAAAGGUUCGACGGUCAACGUUUCGCAGAUCAUGUGCUUGUUGGGCCAGCAGGCGUUGGAGGGCCGCCGGACCCCAGUGAUGGCCUCGGGCAAGACACUCCCGUGCUUCAAGCCGCUUGAGACCGACGUCCGGGCCGGCGGAUACAUCGAGAACCGGUUCUUCUCGGGCAUCCGGCCCCAGGAGUACUACUUCCACUGUAUGGCGGGCCGAGAGGGCCUUGUGGACACCUCCGUCAAGACGGCCAACUCCGGCUACUUGCAGCGGUGCUUGACCAAGCAGCUCGAGGGGGUCCACGUGGCCUACGACAACACCGUGAGGAACGCGGACGGAAGUGUGGUCGAGUUCCUGUACGGUGGAGAUGCCGUCGACGUGACCCGCGAGUCCUACCUGUACAAGUUCGACUUCUUCUACGACAACUACACGGCUCUUUUGCAGCGCUACAGCCCCUCCAGCAUCGACCAUCUCGACGUCGACACUGCCGGCCGGUACUCGAAGAAGUACCGCAAGUCCUUGCAGGCUCAGAAAUCGCAGCCUGCCUGGAACCAGACCUACCGCCGCGACCCCACGAUCUCCGUCUACAACCCGGCCAAGUACUUGGGCUCGGUGUCCACGCGGUUCGAGGACCGCCUCGACAGCUUCAUCGAGCACAACAGACACCUGUUCAUGGGCCACGGCCAAUCAAAAUCGCUUCUCUCGGCCCGCAAGUUCAAGGCUCUCAUGCAGUUGAAGUACAUGCGGUCCUUGAUCGACCCGGGCGAGGCCGUCGGCAUCAUCGCCGCCCAGUCGAUCGGCGAGCCGUCCACGCAAAUGACCUUGAACACGUUCCAUUUCGCCGGCCACGGUGCAGCAAACGUCACCUUGGGUAUCCCCAGGUUGAGAGAGAUUGUCAUGACCGCCUCCCGCCACAUCAAGACACCCCAGAUGGCCCUGCCGCUUCGUGCCGACGUCGACGACGCGUCGGCCGAUGCCUUCUGCAAGAGCAUCACUCGACUUACGCUCUCCGAGUUCAUUGACGACGCAACCGUCGUCGAAACCACCGCCGACCCAAGCUCUCUUCACAGCACGCGGUCCUACGACAUCCGGCUCGAGUUCUUCGACUCCGCCGACUACCGGGCCGAGUACGACGUCACGGAGGCCGAGUUGGAGCGUGUGAUUGCCGAGAAGUUCAUCACGAUGCUCGAGAAGGAGAUCUCGGCCGAGGUCCGCAAGCAGCGGCGCGAUGGCACGAGCGAGAUCUCGCUGGGAGUGGAGGAGAAGGUGGAGAAGGAGAAGGAGGAGGAGGAGAAUGAGGAUAGCAGUGACAGUGAAAGCGAAAGUGACAGUGGAAGUGAAAGUGAAAAUGAAAGCGAAAGCGAUAGCGAUAGCGAUACUGACAGUGACAUCGACAUUGACAAUAAGAUUGCUUCCAACCACCUCUCCAAAAAAGCUAAGGACAGACAGGAAGACGUCAUCACAUCCCAUGAAUUCGUCUCCGCCUACAACUUCGACGACAAACAUGGCCGCUGGUGCAGCUUCAGACUCCAGCUCUCCGGAGACACCCAGAAGUUGCUCAUGGUCAACAUCGUCGAGCAAAUCUGCAAGGACUGCGUCGUCAGAGAGGUCCACAACAUCGGCAGGUGCCUUCACGAGGAAGGUUCCAGGUCUCUGGUCACCGAAGGUGUCAACUUCCCCGCCAUGUGGGAGCACGACUCCUUCUUGGACGUCGACAAGAUCUCCUCCAACGACAUUGCCGCCGUCCUCAGCGUCUACGGUGUCGAGGCUGCCCGGAAUACCAUCGUUAACGAGGUCAUCAACGUGUUCAGCAGGUACGCCAUCGAGGUCUCGUCCCGCCACUUGGAUCUUAUCGCCGACUACAUGACCAGAGAGGGCAACUACUUAGCCUUCAACCGCCAGGGCAUCGACAGCUGCACCUCCGACUUCAUGAAGAUGUCCUACGAGACCACCUGCCAGUUCUUGACCAAGGCCGUGUUGAACGGCGACCGCGAGCCUUUGCAGUCUCCUUCUGCCAAGCUAGUCGUCGGAAAACUCAACGGCAGUGGAACCGGCAGCUUUGACGUGCUUGCCAAGAUGCCUGUUGCCCAGAACUAG